AACCCCUUAUGCGUGAAUAAAGUACGCAUACCUAAGAUUAGGUAGGUACCAUAUACCUGAAUUGGGUGCGCUCCUUGGCAUGACCUUCGGCCGCAACGACCUAUUACUCCGUAGGUGUUAAUCCGUUUCUCAUCAUCCGACUGCCUGCGAUUAUGUCACUGCGCAGACCAUACGAAGCACAAGGGUAUAUAUCUAUCAUCGCUGAGCUGGUCUCUACUGACGAUAAUUUACUCACACUUCAAUAAGUACUUGUUUCCGUUGCUCAAGUCCACACUACAUCGACAAAUCCUGACAAGACAAGCAUGUCCACUCCUACAGCCCUUGUGGUUGGAGCGACAGGCCUGGUGGGUAGUCAGAUCCUCUCGGUGCUAAGGGCCGGCGCUCCCUCACCCUAUACCAGCGUCGAGGUACUUGCUCGACGUGCUCUGCCGCCAGCGGCGUCCGCCGAUGCUGCAGUGCCUGUCAAGGAAUUCACCGACGCCGACCUUACGAAAUGGGGACCUCAUCUUGCCUCCUCCUCACCCGCUGCCAGCACCUUUUUCUCGUCCCUAGCGACCACUAGAGCCACCGCCGGUGGCUUUGACAAGCAGUAUAAGUUGGAGCAUGACUUCAACCUGGACCUGGCGAAAACAGCCAAGGAGGCAGGCGUCAAGACUUUCGUUUUGAUCUCGUCUGGAGGUGCCGACGCCAAAUCCAUGUUCGGCUACCCGCGCAUGAAGGGCGAGAUCGAAGACCACAUCAAAGAGUUAUCGUUCGACCACACCAUUAUCCUCCGUCCUGGGCUCUUGCUAGGCCAUCGUCAAGAAAGCCGACCCACGGAAAAGAUUUUGCAGAAUCUCGCUUGGGGAAUGGGUCAUAUCCAUAGCAGUCUGAGAAAUGUCUGGGCCCAGGAUGCGGAGACGAUCGCCAGAGCAGCCGUGUUGACGGCGGCAAGGGCGGAGAAGGGGGAGAUCAAGGAGAAAGUGAUUGUCUUGGGACAGAGUGAUAUAAUUCGCAUUGGUGGGAAGGAGUGGAAAGAAUUGGCUCACUGAUUCAUGCAUCUUGAGCACAAUGAAGGAUUCGACCUCAUGCGGCGCAUUGGAGUUUGAUUGGCAGAAGGUGAUACCCAUAGUUUCUCUGCUCAGUCGGAGGUAGGCAAUCAGAAUGACUACCUAGGUAUAAUUAUGCACAGUGGCAGGUGUGUACACAACCUGGCUUCGACCACGACAGAUACUUACUAUCUACAACCCUGAUGCUUUUAGCAGAUGAGGCUGCUCAUACGCUUUGUUCUCCCUUUCCCUUCUC